AUGACACAGGUGAGAUUUAUGAAUUGGUAUCUGAAAAUCGCGAUUGGAUCGGCCAUCAUUGGCGGAGGAAUGGAGUUCUUCAUGAUCAACACUAGCUUCUACGACAAGGUUACUGUACUAGAGGCAGAGAAAGGAGCGUAUGAAAAUUCUCCUCAAUCUCAAGCCAUGAGAGAAGCCCUUAAUCCCUGGAGAAACAAGGACACUGAGGCUACCAAAACUCCAUAG